CGGAGAGAUGCUACUAGAACAGAGCGACGAAUUCGCAAGUCUGGAAGUCCCAUUCUACAAAGGAGCUCCGACAUCACCAAGGGCUCAGUGCUGAGAUCUGAGCACCUCCUCAGGAUAGAUGACCAUGAUUUCACAAUGCGGCCUGGCUUUGGAGGCCCAGCUAUUCCUGUUGGUGUGGAUGUGCAAGUUGAAAGCCUGGACGCCAUCUCUGAAGUGGAUAUGGACUUCACAAUGACUCUGUACCUGAGGCACUAUUGGAAAGACGAGCGCCUGUCCUUCCCAGGCAAAACCAGCCAGAGUAUGACCUUUGAUAGCCGAUUAAUAAAGAAGAUUUGGGUCCCUGACAUGUUCUUCGUCCAUUCCAAACGCUCCUUCAUCCACGGUACAACAACAGACAACGUUAUGCUCAGGGUCUAUCCAGAUGGCAAUGUACUCUAUAGUGUCAGGGUCACAGUUACAGCUAUGUGUAACAUGGACCUCAGCCACUUUCCUCUGGACACCCAAACAUGCUCGCUGGAGAUCGAAAGCUAUGCGUACACGGAUGAUGAUCUGAUGCUAUAUUGGAAGAAAGGGAAUGACUCUCUGAAGACAGAUGACAAGAUCUCACUUUCUCAGUUCCUCAUUCAAAAGUUUCACACCACCACUAAACUGGCAUUCUACAGUAGCACAGGUUGGUACAACCGUCUGUACAUCACAUUCACCCUGAGGCGUCACAUUUUCUUCUUUCUGCUACAGACCUACUUUCCUGCUACUCUGAUGGUCAUGCUGUCCUGGGUGUCCUUCUGGAUCGACCGGCGUGCCGUCCCUGCCAGAGUUCCUCUUGGCAUCACCACAGUGCUCACCAUGUCCACCAUCAUCACAGGUGUAAAUGCCUCCAUGCCCCGAGUGUCCUACAUCAAAGCUGUGGACAUCUACCUGUGGGUCAGCUUCGUCUUCGUCUUCCUCUCCGUCCUUGAGUAUGCAGCUGUUAACUACCUGUCCACUCUGCAGGAACGCAUAAAGAGGAAGGUCAGAGAGAGGCUGCCAUGCACAUGCAGGAUGUCUCAUGCAGGCCACAUAAUGAUGAGCAGCAGCUACAGCGAGAUGGACACCAUGACCACAGGUCAUUAUAGCAUGUCAGAGAUGAACGGAGACAAGCGGGAAUGCAUUCCGGUGCAAUUGGCCAUGGACAGGGAGCAGGGCACUCAUGGUCAAACUGGAAAGACGCACUCCUACAGCAGCCUCUGGAUCGACACUCAUGCUAUAGACAAGUACUCACGUGUGAUCUUCCCUGGAGCUUACACAGUCUUCAACAUCAUAUACUGGUCCAUUUAUUCCUAA